GAGUAUGCGGUUUGGAUUGGUCUGGUCUCUCCUCGUCCACCCUGUCUGCUUGACUCCUGAUUCCUCUCCUCCCCGAUUCCCUCUUCUCUCCCGAUUCGCGCCGCCACCCUUCAGAUCCACCGCCGGCAACUCGCCCCCUCCACCCUCCGGCUAUCGCGGCACCGCGCCCACCACCCUCCUCCACACUCAGGCCGAAGCCCAUCUCGCCGCCUCUCCCACGAAGAUCCGGCAGCUUGGCGCUCAUCUCGGAGUUCAUCUUGUCCCGGUCCAAGACCCUCCACCGAGCUGCUCAUCCACGCCCGCCGCCUGCUCGCCCUCCCUGCCUCCCUUCCAUGUAGAUCCAUCUCGGUGUGCGGAGCUCCUCCCCCUACGUACCAAGCCGCCGUAGUACACUGCGUCACCGGCUGCCCCACGCCCGCCGACGUCCUCUGCCUCCUCUUCGUCUGUGGAGGAUUUUGACGCCUGGCUCGCCAAUAAGCUUCUGCAGAUCCUACGAGACGGAGUACAGAACUCGGGGUCACAAUUCAUAAGGGAAGGAGAAGGACUUGUGAUUAUCUACGCAGAAGGAGGAGACGUAGUACAGAUUUGGGCACAGGCAGGAAGAGGCGUGAUGCAGGGAAGAAUGUUUCUGGUUGAUUUCUACGAAAACAGAGGGCACAGGCUCGGUAUCAUGGGCGGGGACACACAAGUGAAAAGCAAUACCACAAGGUUUUCUCACAAUGGGAUUAUUCAGUGGAAGCUUCAAAUUUUUAAUGGGAAUGGGAUGUGGUAUCUAUGUAGCCCAGAACUACAACGUUCCAAAUGUCAAGAAGCUGUUUAACACAUAUGUUUUCCUAGCAAAGCACCUCGAGGAAACAUACCGCAAGCCGAAGAAAGAAGAUUGAUCGUCACGCCCCCCAGCGAAGUGACAGAAACAUGAUCUUUAUAAAUGGUGAAGCAGUUUUGAUCGUAAACGGAACUGUGAUGGCUUAUACUCCUAUUAGUUAGCUGUGAUGUUGGUGGCACGUUUUUGUGGAUUAUUAGGACAAACACAAUUCUCUGGGUGUUGCCUAGGUGACCCAAUUCGUCAUUUCCAGUGCUGGAUUUCAAAUGCAGAGCUUGGUGAUUUCUGUUACCUCGGCUUAUUGCCAAGUACCUUAGCUCUAACUGCUGUCAUGGAUUGAUGAAUUACCUACUUUUCAACAGGCCAUGAUUUGAGAAAAAAAAAUCACUUAGGUAUC